AUGCCGAAGCACAAGCACCACCGAGACCGUCUCUAUUUGCUGCAGAGCGAAUACUCUUCGGAGUGGGGGGGAUUUAAAAAAGCAAAAUUAAAUCUGCCCUACAAGGCCCUCCCUUUCUACUGCUGCUGCCUCUGCUUCUGCCCCGCAAAAGACCCCCUCUGCAGCAGCAGCGGCGCCGUCUUCUGCCGCAGCUGCAUCCUCUCCUUCAUGCAGCAGCAGCAAAAACUGCAGCAAAAGCAGCAGCAGCAGCAGCAGCAGCAGCAGCAGCAGCAGCAGCAGGAGCAGCAGGAGCAGCAGGAGCUGUCGUGUCAGUGCCCGGUGACUGGGCUGCUGCUGCAGUUUGGAGAUUUAUUUGAAAUAAAGUUUUUUAAAAACUCAAAAGGAGAAAUUUGCUGCCCCGUGUCUUUCAAACUUCUUUCCGAAAACUCUCAUGUUGCUGCUGUUCGAAAAAGCGGAAACGUUUUUGCUGCAGACACUCUCCUCAGCCUUUGCGUCCGCAGCAACAACUGGAACGACCUCAUCACCGGUCCUGCUGCUGCUGCUGCUGCUGCUGCUGCUGCGCUGCUGCUGCUGCUGCUGCUGCGCUGCUGCUGCUGCUGCUGCUGCUGCUGUUGUUGUUAUUGCUGUUGUUGUUGCUGUUGUUGUUGUUGCCUCCACCCACAGUACCCCUAUUCUCCUCAUUAUUGCUGUUUAUUUAUUUAUUUAUUUAUUUAUUUAUUUAUUUAUUUAUUUAUUUAUUUAUUUAUUUAUUAUUCAGGAGAGCCCUUCACCAGCAGCGACAUAGUGCAUAUUCAAAACCCCACAGACGCGAAGCGAAGAUGUAUAGAACACUUCCACCACGUGCUCAGAGGCAAGCCCAAAACCCUUUUCUAG